AUGACUACACAUCUAUUCAAUGAUAUUGAGGCCAAAGGAGCCAUGAGGAACUACAAUACGAAGCCAAACGAACAAAUGCAUGGGCCAUUGAAGGACUCAUACCAGAACUGGACCAACUUUAAGAACUUUGCAGCACAGAUUCUUCAUAUAGACCACUGGCUACUCGUUGCGGAUGACAUUCAUCGUCAAGUCUUCGACUUGGAUGAAUAUGUAAAGGUGACAUCACAGGACCAAGUAAAUGACGCCGAUGACAUCGACGACAACACAAAUGAGGAUGAUGCUGACUCCGAGUCAGACCCUAUCAUACAUGAUUUCAUCCCUUUGGAUGGGUCUAUGCAUGUGAAACUUGGGUCGAGGCAAGCUCCACAGGCCUUUAGUCUCAUUGAGAAUGCUCACCAGGAUGACGACACAUUUACUAACUUCCGUGUCAAACUGAACUCGUUUUUAAAUGUAUUUCUACCUGCAAGUAACAUACCCCUGCCAGACGGGAAAAGAGUUCAUCUCCCAUCGAAUCACACAAACGUUGCUCUAUCAAUGACUUUCUCUGGUCAUGUGUACAACACGACUGUUGCACAUUUUUCGCCAUCUGGCUUCUACUGCGUGUCCACAGACACUACUGGAACAGUCAAGCAGAACAAGUGGUCAAACCUUGAAUUUCUACUUGCGAAGAAGAUCGCCCUGGUGUGCUACCCCAUGCAAGAGCUCGAGCCUAACUAUCUGACCACAAAAGGCAAGGUCUAUAGCGAGGAAGCAGAUUGGUACCUCUGCCGGCUCAACCACUAG